UCCUGCGCUCUCGCUAACACUCGGCUCUCCGGUCAGCGAUGGCGGCGCUUCUGCAACAGGCGCUGGAGAGGACGGAGAUAAACAAACUGCCCAAAGCCGCGCAGAACCGGCUCGAAAAGCUCCUGUCGGACCAGCAGACGGAGCUGGACUCGCUCAAAGCGGCCCAUGAGCGCUACAAGACGGACUGCGAGCAACAGUUUUUCAACGUUGAAAAGAAGCUGACCGACGCGCAGGAGCAGCUCGUGGCCAACAGUAAAGAGUACCAGGCUGUCAGGGAGGAGAACAGCCGGCUCGUUGAAGAGCUCAAGAAGCUGAAGGAGACUGAAGAGGAGGAGGGAUCAUCGCAGCAGAGUAAACCAACAAAAGCCAAAUAUGAGCUUGAGGCUGAAAACCGAGAGCUGUCCCGCGUGGCUGAGAAGAAAACACAAGAGGUGGAAAACCUUAGUGAGGAGCUUAAACGGCUCAGUGACAAACUGGCGGAAACCAGCGCGACCAAGAACGAGCUUCAGCUCAAGCUGGACGAACUCCAGUCAUCUGAGCUCUCCAUCCAGCACCGCGAGAAACGAAUGGAGCAGGAAAAAGAGCUUCUCCAGAACCAGAACACGUGGCUGAACUCUGAGCUGAAGAGCAAAACAGAUGAGCUGCUCUCCGUGACCAGAGACAAGGGCAAAGAAAUCCUGGAGCUCAGAUGUUCUCUGGAGAGCAAAAAGGAUGAGGUGACCAGGCUUCAGGACGAAGUCGGUGGCCUUAAGAGUACAACUGGAAACCUGCAGAAGAAGACCGAGGAUCUGCUGACCAAACUAAAAGAGGAGAAGGACCAGCGCACCGGCAUGGAGGAGAAAUACCGCAACGAGCUGAACGCCAACGUCAGGCUCUGCAACCUGUACAAGAGUGCAGCAGCAGACUCUGAGACCAAAAACGUUGAACUCAGCAGAGCCGUGGAAGAGCUUAACAAACUGAUGAAGGAGGCAGCAGAAGCUAACAAAACUACAGAGAAGAAGCUGUCUGAUCUGGAGGCCUCCCGACGUAAAGCGGAGGCUCAGCUGCAGGAGAAGAUCAGAAAUCUGGAGAAGGAGCUGGAGAACUCCAACACAUGCCUCACAGAAUUCAAGCGUAGAGGAGUUCCAGCUCUCACUGAAGAGGAUCUGACCAAUCUGUCUCCGACUGCAGCUGCAGUGGCGAAGAUUGUGAAACCUGGCAUGAAGCUUAUGGAGCUGUAUAAUGCGUUUGUGGAGGCUCAGGACCAUCUGCAACUGGAGAAGCUGGAGAACAAACGCCUUAAUAAGGUUCUGGAUGAGAUUGUGCUGGAGGUGGAGACCAAAGCACCUGUCCUGAAGAGGCAGAGAGAAGAAUACGAGAACAUGCAGAAGUCCGUGGGCAGCCUCUGCACCAAACUAGAGCAGGCCAUGAAGGAGAUCCACAAACUACAGAAGGAAACAGAUGAAGCCAAUAAGCGAGCCGCUGUGCUCGAGAGAGACAAUCAAAGGGCUGAGAAACAGAUGGCAGACAUGUCUCAGCAGGUGCGUGUACUCUUGGUGGAGUUGGAGGAGGCGCGGGGGAAUCAGGUGGUGCGGGAGGAUGUUAACUCCGCCGUGAGCAGCAGCUCGGAGAUUUCUGGCCCGCGCCAGGUGGCCUUCCGCAGCGUUGAGGAGCUCCAGCAGCAGAACCAGAGCCUGCUGGCUCAGCUCAGGGAGAUGGAAGAGCAGCGAGAGAGGAGCGAGAAUGAGGCAAAAUCUGCCAGGCAGAAGGAGUUGGAGCAGAAUCUGGACAAGGUGCAGAAGGAGCUGGAGCUGCUGAAGGAGCAGAGAAACCAGCAGAAACAGCUGGCUGACUCUGCUUUAAGGCAAAGAGACAUGUACCGCAUCCUGCUGCAAACAGCUGGGGUCACCCUCCCUCCACAGAGCUCAGAGAGUGGGUCUCAGUCUGCCACCCCCAGCCGGCCAGGAAUCAUGCCCACCCGCUCUACGCCUGUCCGGGCUGCAGCUGCAGAGUCACUUCAGGCCACCCAGGCUAAAGCAGCUUUCAAACAGCUGAAUGAUGCCUUUAUGACAUAUAAGAAGGAGAAGGCAGAGAACGACAAGCUGAUGAACGAGCAGAACGAGCGACUGCAGGGCCAAGUAUCUGCCCUGACGUCCCAGAAGGCCAAACUGUCGUCUCAGCUCGAGUUUGCCUCCAAGCGGUACGAGAUGCUUCAGGAAAAUGUGAAUGGGUACCGGCGGGAGAUUGACUCUCUGUGGGAUAAAGUUCAGAAGCUGUCUGCCACGUGCCAGAGAUACGAGCAGAUUAUCCACACCAUGACACAGGAUAUGAGGGAAGCCAACGAGAAGCUAGCAGUGGCUGAGGUGCGCAGCGAAAACCUCCGUAAGGAGCGUGAUAUUCUGAAGCAGGCAGAGAGCCGACUGACCCAGGAGAAAGAGUCCAUCCUGGCUGAGCAGCGUAACCAGAACCUGCUGCUUACCAACCUAAAGGCCAUCCAGCUGACGCUGGAGCGUUCGGAGGCUGAGACCAGGCAGCGCUAUGCUAACCAGAUCAAGCUGCAGGAGAAGGAGAUCGCUCAGCUGAAGAAGAGGCUCGAGCAGGAGGUUGAACAAAGACAUGCCGUGGAACGCAGCCAAGACGCUCAGUUGGUGGAGGCUAAGAAGCAGCUAGCAUCCCAGAAUGCUCUUCACCAGAAGACCAAGGAGCUGCUGAAGAGCGCUGAGCAGCAGGUGUCCACUCUGAGACAACAGCUGAACAAUGCUGAGAACCAGAGCAGCGCUGGCAAAGCAUCCGUCAAACCACCAGCUAAGGCUGCAGCUCCUGGUGUUCCUCAGCAGGAGGUGGAGGAGCUUCGUGCUAAGUUGCAGCAGCUCGAGGACCAGAACUCUGACCUAAAGGAGCGUCUGAAGACCACCACGAGCAGUGUGGAGGAGUACAGAUCCAUGGUGCUCAGUCUGGAGGAGCACAUCGGCAAGGAGAAAGAGGUGGCUGAGGAGGCGCGCUGCUCCAUUGAGAACCGGCUGAAGGAGGCGCAGGAGCUGAACAAGCAGCUAGAGGACCGUGUGAAGGAGGCAGAGAAAGAGAAGCAGGAGCUGCACGACGAGAAGCAUAAAGCUAUGGAGAACGUGGAGAACACCGUGAAGGAGCUGAAGCGGAGUGUGACGGACAUGCAGGCAGAACUGCAGGAUGCACUGCAGAGAGCUGCGUCUGCUGUGACUCAGGAACAGCGCGCCACGCAAGACAGCCAGCAGCAGGCUAAGCAAGCCUCAGAGGCGCAGAGCAAAUAUGAGCGGGAGCUGAUGCUGCAUGCUGCUGAUGUGGAGGCCCUGCAGGCUGCUAAGAAGCAGGCCCAGCAGGCGGUGCGGACCAUUAAAGAGCUGGAGGAGAAGGCCCAGAAGGCUGCAGCUGAGCUCCAGCAGGGUCGAGUGUGCUGGGAGAAGCAGGAGAAGAGCUUGAAGGAGGAGCUGGUGAAGCAACAGCAGCGAGUGGGUGACCUGCAGAAACAAAACAACAUGCUGCACGAACAGAUGGAGAGUCUGAGCAGUAAGAUGGCUGCCACCGUCCAGCAGCAGGCGCUCAGAGAGGGCAGUCUGAACGUGUCGUUGGAUGAGAACGGCAAGACUCACGAGCAGAUCCUGGAGAUCCUCAGGUUUGUGCGUCGGGAGAAGGAGAUUGCUGAGGCUCGGUUCGAGGUGGCUCAGGUGGAAACUCAACGCUACAAGCAGCGCAUGGAGCAUCUGGAGAAAGACCUGAAGGAGCUCCAGGACAGCCUGACAGCCUCACGGGAGGAGCUGCAGUCGAAUGUGAAGACCAUGGCUCAGCAGGAGGAUAAGCUGAAGAGGCUGGAGAGCCUCAACACUCUGACUGAAACAAACAAGAUGCUGAAGGAGGAAAAGAACAGGCUGGAGCAGGAGUUGCAGCAGAUCCAGGCAAAGAUGCGCAAGCUGGAGACUGACAUGCGGCCUCUGCAGGAGAGCAAUGCGGAGCUGAGUGAGAAGAACGGGAUGCUACAGGCUGAGAAGAGGCUUUUGGAGGAAGACGUCAAACGCUGGAGGAACCGCACUCAGCAACUGGUGAGCCAGCAGAAGGACAGUGAUCAGGAGGAGAGCAAGAAGCUCCAGUCAGAGAGAGAGUCUCAUCUGAAACGAAUCCAGCAGCUGACUGAGGAGACGGCCAAACUGAAGAGUGAGGUGGCCAGGGCCAACGCAUCAACGUCCUCCAUGCAGAGUCAGGUUCAGAACCUCAGGGAGAACGUGGGAAAACUCACCGCAGAGAGAGACGGCCUGAAGAAGGACCUGGAGGCCAAGAAUCUGGACAUUCAGGAGAAACUCAAAACCAUCACUCAGGUCAAGAAGAUCGGCCGGCGCUACAAAACCCAGUAUGAGGAGCUAAAGGCACAACAUGACAAGAUGGUUGCAGAAGCUGCUGCUAAGCCUGCGCAGGCGGAGGAAGCGCAGCAGGAGGUGCAGCAGGAGAUCCAAAACCUGAAGAACUCUCUGACUCAGGCUCAGAACAGGACCACAGAGUUGGAGGCGCAGGUGGAAAGCUUGCAGAAGGUUGCUGCAGAGCGUGAGGCUGAAGUAAAGAACCUGCAGGAGCAGCUGGCUCAGGUUCAGCCCGAGCUGACCCGCCUCCGCUCUGAGCUGCAGGAAAAAAUCACUCAGGAGGAGCAGCUCAGACAGCAGAUUACUGACAAAGAGGAGAAGACCAAGAAAGCCUUCAUGGGAGCCAAGCAGAAGAUCAACCAGCUCAACAAUGCGAAGGAGCAGCUGGCUAAAGAAAAUGAGGAGCUGAAGCAGCAGCGGGAGGAGCUGGAAGUGAGGAUGAGUGCGCUGAAGUCUCAGUAUGAAGGGCGGCUGAGCCGGCAGGAGCGGGAGCUGAGGGAGCUAAGGGAGCAGCAGGAGAGACACGGAGAACAGAGAGACGAACCGGCAGAGCAGGGAACGAGCAAGACUCAGGAGCAGCAGAGACCCUCUGAAAGCAGACAGAUCACUCUGAAGCCCACCCCUGCUGCCGACAGAGGAAGUGCCACGACCACUGAACCCCCCACAGCAAACAUCAAACCCACGCCUGUGGCUGGAGCAGCCAGCAAGUCCACUCCCAGCAGCAAGUCCACCCCCAGAGCCAGCAUCCGCCCCAUGAUCACACCUGCUACUGUUACCACGGCAACACCCACCGCCACGGUCAUGCCCACCGCACAGGCUGAGACGCAGGAGGCCCUGCAGGCGUCUGAGGCUCCUGUGGAACACGUGACUGUGUUUGGCAGCGGCUCGGUGCGCUCCACUAGUCCAAAUGUCCAGAGCACUCAGCCGAUCCUGAAUGUCCAGCAGAGCCAGGCCACUGCCUUCGUCCAGCCCACUCAACAGCAGACCAGUCAAGAGCCCACAGCGGUGACCAUGAUGGAGGCAGUGCAUAGCUCUCAGAUGGAGAGACCAUCCACCUCCACUGCUGUCUUUGGUGCAGUGUCGGCGAGUGCUGGCUCGUCUUUGCAGAAGCGCAUUCGAGACGAGGAUCUGGAGAGUUCCUCUGAGGUGACGGACAGCACACAGGACGACCUGACCGAACCACUGCCCAAGAAGAUCCGCUUCGUCCAGAUAACUGGAGUGGAGGAGGAUGUUGCUGCUGAGGAGAGUAAUGAUGCAGAAGCUGAGGCUCCUGGAGAUGCACUGGAAACCCCAGACGCUAGUGAGGAGAGCUUCCCUGUAGCGGGCGAAGUUGCAGAGGAGUCUCUCUCUCAGUCUGUUCCUGGGGAUGAGGUGAGUGAGUCUCAGCAGCCCUCAGAGUCUCAGCUCAGUGCACAGGACUCAUCUGACGAACAACGGCACGACGUUAUCAUCAUAGAGACGGACACAGACAGUGAGGAAGAAGAGGAGGCCGAAGAGGAGACUGGACAGUAUGGGGAGGAAGAUGAGGAUGAUGAGGAAGGAGAUGGCACAAUGGCAGGAGAGGAGAGUAAUGAAGGGAGCGGAGACGCCAAUGAGCCGUUUGAGGGAGACGACACUGAGGCGGCAGAGGCCACUGACCCGGGCACUGAGAAUGAGGAGAGUCAGGGAGCGUCGGACUCCAUCCAGAAACAAGCAGAUUCUCAAAGCAGUGGUGAAGCCAGCGUUAGCACUGUGGAGCCGACUCCUGCAGUUGAGCCUGUGAGGGAGCUGCAGGUGACCCCCAGCACAGCCAGCACUUCCAGCACUACGUCCUCCAGCCUUGGUCCACGCCUUCCGCAGUCCCCCCGCAGACUGCACCACACGCCCCCACCCCGCCUCAACAUACACCCCAUCCCUGAGCUCGGACCACCGCUCAUGCAGAGGCAGUCAGGCCAACCUAGACGGUCAUCGAUGAGCCGAGCACCCCAGCUUACUCCUGGAAUAGGAAGCAUGCAACACUUCUUCGAUGAUGACGACAGGAUGGUUCCCAGCACUCCGACUCUAGUGGUGCCACACCGCACUGAUGGCUUUGCUGAGGCAAUUCAUUCUCCUCAGGUCGCUGGUGUCCCCCGGUUCCGUUUCGGUCCACCUGAGGACAUGAUCCCUCAGACAAGCUCGUCUCACUCUGACCUGGGUCAGCUGGCCUCUCAGGGAGGUCUGGGCAUGUACGAGAGUCCUCUCUUCCUGGCUGCUCAUGAUGAAGAGUCUGGAGGCAGGAGUGUCCCCACCACCCCUCUGCAGGUGGCAGCGCCAGUGACAGUUUUCACGGAGAGCCAGCCUUCUGAUGUGUCUGAGCCAGCCUCGCAGUCCGUCCCCAUGGUCAGCACCUCCACAGCAGGCCUUACUGUACCGGGUGAGGCUGUUCCUGGAGACGAUGGUGAUGAUGUCUUCAUGGCAGAAGCAGAAAGUGAAGGAACCAGUGGAGAGGCGUCGUUGGAGAGCCAAACUGAACUGGAGUCUGCUCAGCCUUCUGAUGACGCCAGCCUGCCUUCCACCAGCCAGGAGCCAACCUCCAGCUCUGCUCCAGACACCAGCAGCAGCAGUCAGCAGCCUAGGCCCACAGAGAGGGUCCUAACGCAGACGCAGCCCCUACGCAGAGGUCUCAUCAGGAGAGGGAUGGGCUUUCCUCGGGGAGGACAUGGGCGAGGCCUAAACAGAGGCACUCCCUUCUGAUCAUGUCGCUCACCAUUACAGCUGUUUUAAAUCCUUCUCUCUGCACUCAGUCAUCGGAGACCACCGGUGUUUUGACUAAGUUUUUGCCAGUAGUCUGCCCUUGGUGUGUGUUGUACCAUGCUGAUGAAUUUAUUUUUGCUAUUUUAUACUAAUUUGUGAAUAAUGACCCUGAAGCUGUUCAGUGUUUUUGCUAAUAAAUGGUGACUUGCAGCUGGA